AUGGUUAACGUUGUUUUGGGCUCCCAGUGGGGUGAUGAAGGUAAGGGCAAAUUGGUGGAUUUGUUAGUGGGCAAAUAUGACGUUGUCGCUCGAUGUGCCGGUGGGAACAACGCCGGACACACGAUUGUCGUUAACGGUGUCAAAUACGAUUUCCACAUGCUUCCGUCGGGACUCGUCAAUCCAAACUGUCAGAAUCUGCUUGGAAACGGUGUGGUGAUCCAUGUUCCGUCGUUCUUCGGUGAACUGGAAACGUUAGAGGCCAAGGGACUCAAAGACGCUCGUGAGCGUCUUUUCGUCUCGUCCAGAGCUCACUUGGUGUUCGAUUUCCAUCAACGUACCGACAAACUCAGAGAAGCAGAGCUCUCGGGCCGUUCGAAAGACGGUAAGAACAUCGGAACCACUGGGAAAGGUAUCGGGCCCACGUACUCUACCAAGGCUUCCAGGUCGGGUCUCCGUGUCCACCAUUUGGUGAACGACGAACCGGGCGCCUGGGAGCAUUUUGUCGCGAGAUACAAGCGUUUGGUAGAGACAAGACAGCAGCGUUACGGCGAUUUCGACUACAAUGUCGACGAAGAACUGGCACGUUAUAAGCAAUACAAAGAGCUUCUCAAGCCCUUUGUUGUCGAUUCUGUCGUGUUCAUUCACAACGCUAUCCAAGCCAACAAGAAAAUCCUAGUUGAAGGUGCCAAUGCGCUCAUGCUCGAUAUCGAUUUCGGUACUUAUCCUUUUGUCACGUCUUCAAGCACAGGUAUUGGAGGUGUCUGCACUGGGUUGGGUAUUCCGCCCAGGAACAUUGACGAAGUCUACGGUGUUGUCAAGGCCUAUACUACUCGUGUCGGUGAGGGCCCAUUCCCCACGGAACAACUCAACGAAGACGGUGAAAAAUUGCAAACCAUUGGUGCCGAAUUUGGCGUCACCACGGGCAGAAAGCGCCGUUGCGGUUGGCUCGAUCUAGUCGUUCUCAAGUACUCGGCGUUGAUUAACGGUUACACACGUUUGAACAUUACCAAACUUGACGUCUUGGACACUUUUGAAGAAAUUCAAAUCGGUGUUUCCUACAGUUUGAGAGGCAAGAAGCUCGACCUUUUCCCCGAGGACCUGAUUGCUUUAGGUAACGUCGACGUCGAAUACGUUACUUUGCCCGGCUGGAAGCAGGAUAUCACCAAGAUUACCGAGUACGAAGAUCUACCAGAAAAUGCCAAGAAGUACCUGAAGUACAUCGAAGACUUCGUCGGCGUUCCAAUCGAGUGGGUCGGCGUUGGUCCCGCCAGAGAAAGCAUGCUUCACCGGGAAGUGAACUAA